GGCUGCCGUUCUCCGUUGCGGGAGACUCCAGAGGGCGCCAAGCCGUUCGCGCCGCCGGCCAUGGCUUUCGUCCGGAAAGCGCUGCUCACGGUCGCAGUGCUGGGCGCGGGGACUGGCGUGGGCGUCGCGCUCUUUGCUCUCGUGACCCCGGGAGAGCUGCAGAAGCAGGCGAUGCUGAAGGAGAUUCCAGAGCAGGACCCGCGGCGCAGGGACGAGGCAGCCAGGACCCAGCAGCUGGUGCUGGCCACUCUGCAGGAGGCAGCAGCCACGCAGGAGAACGUGGCCUGGAGGAAGAACUGGACGGUUGGCGGCAGCGGGAGGUCCGCGUGAGACCUGACUUGUCUCGUGGGCGCUGGGGUCUGGCUCGGGCGCAGGAGCCCGAGGUGGCCUUUUGCCUCCAUGGGCCCGGCGAGGAGU